AUGAACAUGAACAAUAUAGGUAACAUGGCUCAGAUGAACGCCAUGGGCGGUCCCGUUGGCGGCGCCCCUAUGCCCAUGAUGAAUAAUGGCACAAUGCCCGCUCGUCCCCAGCAGCCCCCACAACCCCAACAGCAACAACAACAACAGCAGCCACAGCAAAUGCAGUUCGGGGCUGGAUCUAUCGAUGGUGGCCGUUCGUUGCUCGAGACUUACAUCUACGAUUACUUCCUCCGUCAAGGCAUGUACGACUGUGCCCGCACAAUGCUGCAAACCAACCCUCAGAUCAAGACGGACAAGUCUGGGAGCCCUGGUCAGAACUUGAAUGGCCUGGGCGACGAUCCCAUGGAUACCGACUCCAAGGACAACCUCGACCAAAAGCGUCCCGAAGACCUGCCCCCAGCAGCCAUUCCCAACUCCUCGACAAGCAACAAUAGCUUUUUGCUUGACUGGUUCUCGCUGUUCUGGGACAUGUUCAACAGCCAAAAGAGCAAGGGCCCUCUUAUUGUGAACCAAUACGUGCAACACAACCAGACCCAGGCCCGCAUGCGUCAGGAGCAUAUGUUGCGGCAAAUGCGUCCUGAGUACGCCCAGGCCCAGUAUCAACAGCAAAUGAUGAGGAACAUGAAUGGCAUGGGUGGCAUGAUGAAGCCCGGAAACCAGCUGCAACGGGCAGCCCUGGCCAACAGCCAAAAUCCCCAAGCCAUGCAGAUGCUCCAGGCACAGAAAGCUGCUCAGAUGCAGCGAGAUCCUUCUGAUAUGGACGGUAACCGAGUGAGGGCGGCGUCGCCAGGAUCGGCGGACAACGCGCCGUCUCCAUCCAAGCGGCCACGUCUCGAGGGGGCCCCCUUCAACCCCAACGCGGGUGUCAUAGUGCAAAACGGCCGACAGAUGCAAGGCAUGCCAGGCCAGCAGCAGCACCACGGUAAACAGAUGCCUACCAACCCGAUGGCGAAUGCUGGUGGUCCGCAAAACCAGGGCUCUCCCAUGCUGCCGCAGGGACCCGACGGCCAGAACAUCAGCCAUUUUUACAACCAGGAGAUGGGUGGCGGAAACGGCAUGCGAGCUGGGCCUGGUAAUGGCCAGAAUGGGUCAAGUAACCACGCCCUUCAGGACUACCAGAUGCAGCUGAUGCUCCUGGAACAACAAAACAAGAAGCGCCUCAUGAUGGCUCGACAGGAACAGGAUGGGAUGCCACGACCUGAAGGUCCCAACGUUCCAGGCGGACCUGGCGGCCCCGGAGGACCUCAGGGACCGAAUCCCCAAGGCUUUCAAGGCAACUCGCCACCUGGGCAGCGCAACGGAGCUUCACCUAACCCUUCAGAGCAGAUGAAGCGUGCCAACCAGCAAAUGAACAACCCCCAGAACAUGGGCUCCCCUCUUCCGGAUGGCGCCCAGAACCGCGGUUCUCCGAAUCCCAUGAACUUCAUGGGCGGCAACAUGGAUCCUAACGGCGGACAGCCCCAUUACGGAAUGAACAUGAACAUGGGCAAUCAGAUGGGAGGCGGUAUGCGUCCACCGAGCUCGCAUCCAGGACAGCCCUUCAACGGCCAGAUGAACCCACAGAUGGUGGCUGCCCAACAGCAGCGUCAAGCACAAAUGCAACAACAGGCUCAGCAGCAAGCGCAACAACAACAGCAACAAGCGCAACAAGCGCAACAGCAACAGGCAGCCCAACAGCAGCAAAACCAAGGGGCCCCUAAUAUGCAGUGGCAGCAACCUGGGCCAAAUGGCCAGAUGGUUGGUCAGCCUCCUCAAGGUCAGCAGCCUCAAGGGGCAGCGCAACAGAGAGCUAUGCCCCCGCCUUCUGCUCCCCCAACGGCGGCAGCGAUGACCAACGCUGCCAACUCGAGGAAUGCAACAUCGUCUCCUCAAGUCGCCAAUGCUGCUCCUCCAACCCCCAACCAGGGCAACAAGCCAGCACCCAAGAAGAAGGAGACUAAGAAUGCUAAGAACAAGGCUGCCACGCAGAAGAAGUCCAAUCAGAACCUUAACGCAGGUGCUACUCCUGCUGCCGAUGCCGACCAGCCGCAAGAGCCUCCCGCGCCGGCCACCCCGAUUACCCCCGUCAACCCAGCUAGCUUUGGGAAGAAUCAAGUUGGAAACCAAGUUGUACAGAACGGACAGCCCGCGGCCCCGGUGCCGCCGCCCUCUGUUCCUCAGGUUGCCGCUCCGCCACACCCCGACCCGGCCCAGAACAAUUUCAACGAGCCCAUGAUGAACUUCGAUGUUGAGUUUGCCAACCCACUCACGUCAAAUGAUGUUCUGAACGAUUUUGAUUUUGACUCGUUCUUGCAUGACAACGACAACGGUGGAGAGCCUUUCGACUUUAAUGCCGGCGUGUUUCUGGAUGGUGGCGAGAUCGGAUCGACGGAGUAG